ACCACAAUGAUGUUCAUCACUCCAGUUUGCUACUUUGCUUCCAUCCAUCUCUUCUUUUUCCUUUCUAUGCCCAUAAAUCUUGCCCUCGGAUUCAACCGAUCUAUGGGAGUGAAUAUCAAGUGUGUCGAGAGUGAGAGACAAGCGCUCUUAUCCUUCAAGCAAGGACUCAUGGACGAAUAUAAUAUACUCUCUUCUUGGGAAACACGAGUCAAUAAUGAUUGCUGCAAUUGGAGAGGUGUUCGAUGCAGCAACAAAACUGAAGGUUAUCAUGUCAUUGGGAUUGAUCUUCGUGGCUCAUAUGAUAAGUUUUUGAUGGGUCAAAUUCCAGACAAAAUGGGUGAACUUCAAUCAUUGGAAUCCCUGGAUCUAUCGAGAAAUUAUUUGUCUGGUCCAAUUCCAUCUAGUUUUUCUCAAAUAUCAAGGUUGGGAGUAUUGAAGCUGUCGUACAAUAAUCUUUCGGGAAAAAUUCCUACAGGAACUCAACUUCAAGGCUUUUCAACUUCUUCUUACGAAGGCAACCCUUAUCUUUGCGGAGAUCCACUGAAAAAAUGCUUUAAAGAAAUCACUCAAGAUCCAAGCAGCAACAACAAUGUUCAUGUUGGGAAUGAAAAUGAAAAUGAAGACAAAUUAUUUGUACGAGAAUUUAUGAUCAGCAUGUUGUUUGGAUUUAUUGUGGGUUUUUGGGGAAUAUUUGGCAGUUUGGUACUUAAUAGAAGAUGGAGACAUGCAUACUUCAAAUUUUUUAGGUGCAGAAACAACUAAAAACAGGUAGCUUGGAGACAUGUGUAGUAUGAGCUCCCAAAUGGAUGAAUAUUUUAGUUUUUAGUGUGUAGCAAAAUAUUUUAAGAGCGUAUAUAUUAUUUUGAGUGAUACAUGUUAUUACUUUGA